AUGGUCAAGCCAACUGACUACGAAAUUGGGCCCUCGCGAAUCGUAUCGGGGCGCUAUCCGCCUCCAGGGACGAACACCUACGCCGAUGCCAUACGCGAACGACGCGGCGCACGCGGGAUCACCGCACUCGAUGGCAACUUGCUUCACUUUCCUGCCAUGGCUGGCGGGUACAACACCUUAUUGGGUGCCAUUAGGGAUAAAGGCUCAUUGAGCGUCGACAUCCGAGAGCUUAUGAUCCUACGCGUUGCUGCUUUGAACAACGCAGCCUUCGAGUGGAUCCAGCAUGAAGCCGUUGGUCGAAAAGGUGGACUGACCAAUGGGCAGCUGUACAUCAUCCGCGAUGUUGAUACGCCGUUACCACUCAUGGAGGGCAUACUCACUCCCCUCCAAGCCGCUGCAGUCGCGUUUACGGAUGCAAUCACCAAAGACGUGUCAGUGCCGAAGCAGACGUCCACAGAGCUCAUGAAUCAGCUACGGCGUUCGUUAAAGGAAGCCGAUGCAGCAACGGAGGAAGAAGAAUUGAAGGCAAAGACGGAGGAUUUGUACGUGGAAGCGACGAUGGUGGUCGCUGCGUAUAAUAUGGUAUCGAGGUUCUUAGUGGCCACCGAUGUAGGCGGUCUUUCUGAUUUGGAGGUUCCGUGGCCUGUCGAUGUUGAGGAACAAUUGAUACCCACCCCAUCAUACCCCUCCCUUCCUUUUUCCAACUCUAACUCAACCCAUUCUCCUGCAUCUGGAACGAGCACCACACAAACCCACAACCUCCACAUCCGUACCAUAACAACCUCACCUACCGCCCCAUGGCUCGUCUUUGCCAACUCCCUCCUCACAGACAAGGAGAUGUGGAAUUUGGUGCUACCAUUCUUCCUCGAUGGAGGAACAGGUUAUAAUAUACUCUUACACUCCCAACGCGGACAUGGGUUAUCCGAGUUGCCCUCUCAACACGAAAGACGAACAACCAUUCCGCUUCUAGCAGCUGACAUUCAUCACCUUAUAUCAACCAUUAUCGGUGGUCGAGCUCAAAGCGAGGAUGGCCAAUCUCAUUCCCCAGAAGUUCACAUCAUUGGCGUCUCCCAAGGUGGCGCAGCUGCACUUGCUUAUUACGCCCUUUACGGCUCCUCUGCCACUGAAGGAGUAAAAGUGAAGAGCAUCGUUGCAUGCGAUACCGCGCCACGGACGCCACCAGGAAACGAAGUGGCAUGGGAGAACCGAAUAAGCAUAGCCCUGGACAUGUACGCUCGAAAGGUCGGCAUGCCCAAGCUUGCAAAGGUCACGCUACGCAGGUGGUUCCCUGCUGGCUCGGGUGGGAGUCCGUUCUUGGAAGCGAGAGAAGCAUGGUUGGGGGAUAUGGUUUCCCGUACGCCAGUAGCAGGGUUCGUAGCGGGUGCACGCGCAUUAGGGUCAUACGACAUCGCCCUGCCUCCUCCUCCCUCUCCUCUUCCUCCCUCCCCUCUUCACGCAGAAGCUCCAGUAAAAGAAUCGGAAUCGGACGUCACCCGCGUGUUGCUCCUUGCAGGCUCUCUCGACGGAGCCGGGAAAGUUGGCAAGGAACUCAAGGCUUUCGCAGAGCAUUGGGCUGAUAAAGCUAGGCAGGAGGUGGUGGAAUAUGCUGAAGUUGAGAUGGCGGGGCACUUGCCGAUGGUUGAUAUGCCUGAGAGGUUUUGUAAGGUAUUGGGGGCGUGGUUGGUGGGGGAGGGUGGCUUGGGAGAGUAAAAUUUCCUGGGGAAUGGAACUCUAAGUGUACAGUACAUGCCAAUAUUUUCAUGUAGGGGGCCAUUAGGAUACCAGGUCCAUGAUAAUAAAGAAAGUCCUGAUCA